AUGGCCGACCAACAACCCGAACAGCCCGUUGCUGACACCGUCGUCGACACUGAGCAAGUGAUCGAAGAAGCCGGCGCCGAAGAGUUUUACCAGAUCACCGUCAACCUUCCCAACAAGGACGGAAAGGUCCAGGUCAUUGCCAGCCCUCGUGAGGCCAUUCAGGAUGUUCGCCAGUCAAUUGUCGAGUCAACAGAGACUUGCAUUCACUCGUGCUUCUCUCUUGCCUUCAACGGUGUCAAGUUGAACGACUUUAUGGAGCUCGGCGAUGUUGAGGGUAUCACCCCUGAUAGUGAGCUGGAUUUGGUUCUGAACAACUACACUGAGCGCGAGGCAAGGAUUCACGUCAACCGCCUUCGCGAUUUGCUUGCUGGACCUGCCAAGUUGAACGUCAACGCUGUCGGAAUCGACCCUGCCAUGUCCUUCCUCUCGACUGUGUCUGGCCAUGUUGAGGAGAUUCCCGUGGAUAACUCAACCUAUGAGACCGCCCCCAGCACCGUUUUCUCAAAGUUCGACGUCAACGCAUCCGCUGCUCUCUCGGAUUUCGUCCCCAAGGGUCUCGAGAGAACCCCCGUCCAGUGCGUCAAGAGCAUCGCCUUGUCGGGAUGGAACCCUCCCCCUCACCACCUUCGCCUUCGCGGCGAUCUUAUGUACUUGAUUGUCACCACCUUGGAGGGCGAGACUGUCCAAAUCACCUCGACCGCCACUGGAUUCCAUGUCAACAAGUCGACCUCCAACCAUUUUGACCCCACCCCUCGCCAAGACUCCAAGGCUGCCAGCGACCACUCGUUGAUUGUCCUCUUGGAGAAGGUUUCGCCCAUGUUUGCUACCAACUUCAAGAAGCUCCAGGAGUUCAUUACCCGCCACCAUAUGCUCGAGGUUCUCCCUGUCACCACUGCUCAGCCUGCCUACCCCUGGGCCAUUCAGCCUGCUCCUCACACCUUCGACCCCACUCGUCCCUCGGAGGCUUACCUCAACUAUGGCACUGACUCGGUUGACAGCCUGCGCGACUGGAACGACGAGCUUCAGUCUCACCGUGAGCUCCCCCGCACCAACUUGCAGGAGCGCGUCAUGCGCGAUCGCUUCCUUAACAAGAUCAGCUCUGACUUCGCCGAUGCUGCUGUCCGUGGCGCCAUGGAUGUCGUUAACGGCAACGUCGUUGCUCUGAACCCCUUGGAGCCCGAGGAGUCGCACAUGUACGUCUACAACAACAUCUUCUUCAGCAAGGGCUUUGACGGCCGCAACACCUUUGAGAAGUUGGGAGGCGACGAUGCUGCUCACGUUGCUACCGGCAAGGAUUUGGAGGGUGUCCGUACCUUGAACGGCGUCGACGUUGAGGGUCUCUACACCUUGGGAACAGUCGUUGUCGAUUACAAGGGUAUCCGUGUCGUCGCUCAGUCGAUUGUCCCCGGUAUCUUCAGACAGCAGGAGGAGUCAUCGAUCGUUUACGGUUCCGUCGACAACGGUCCUCAGGUCAAGUCGGACGAGAAGUUCCACGAGAUUUUGGGCCAGGCCGCCAAGGCCCUCCACAUUGCCGAGCACGCUGUCGAGGAUGGCGAGGGCAAGUCAGCCAACCUUUGGACUUCGUUCGACACUAAGGGACUUAUGGGCGCUGACGGCCGUCGUUACCUCUUGGAUCUUUACCGCCUUAACCCUGUCGAUGUCGAGUUCUUGGAGAACGAUAUUGCCGCCAAGGACAAUAUCCCCGAGUACCCCCACAAGCUGACCUUGAUGAGACCCGAGUUGAUGUUGCUCUUCUGGGAGCACAAGUUGCGUGCGUGGGUACAGGAGCGCGCCCUUGAGAUCCAGAAGCGUGCGGAGGAGAAAAAGGCAUUGGAGGGCGACAAGGAGGCCAAGGAGACCAAGGAGGCCACCGUCGAGUCGUCGGAAGAGAAGAAGGAACAAGAGCCCAAGGAGGAGGCUACCCCCUCGAACCCCGAGGACGAUGUUAACAUUCUGGACUUUGAUCUUUCCUUCAACGUCGACGCCUUCACCUCGGUCAAGACCCCUGCCGACAGUGCUGAUGCCAAGACCCAGCAGGAGCAGACCGUUCGCGAGGCUUCCAAGUUCUUGCGCGAGGACGUUAUCAAUGUUCUGCUCCAGGACUUUACCGCCUAUGUCGUGUCACCCAUUGACGGUGGCAGCUUGACCAAGGCCAUGCACCGCCGUGGUAUCAACAUGAGAUAUCUCGGACGUAUUGCCAACUUGGCCAAGGAGAGCAAGGGUCUUGCCCUUGUCCACAUCCACUACUUGGCCAUGCAGGAGAUGGUUGUCCGUUCCGUCAAGCGUAUCAUUCGCAAGGCGCUCCGCGGUCUCCCUACCACCCACAUUGCCGACUGCAUCUCCCACAUCCUCAACUGCUUGUUGGGCCAUGAGCUCAACGCCAACCCUAUCGCUACGUUGGCUCAGGACGGAUAUGCUUAUGCUCUUUUCACCCCUGAGAGCUUGCGUGAUGCCAUCCAGUCUGAGGUUUUGUUGCGUUACCGCUUCGAGUUGCCCGAGAACUUUGUUAAGAACAUUGCUAAGGAGAAGAAGGUCCCACUACUGCGCGAUGUCUGUCUCCGUGCUGGUAUCCAGGUCGAGGCCCGCGAUUACAUCUUCUCGCCCCUCUCCGAGUCGACCACUCCCGAGCCCAUUGUUGCUGCUACCGCUGAGCCCGUCGCCGCUUCAGGAAAGAAGGCUGCCAAGCAGGACAAGGCCGACAAGAAUCACGACAAGCAGUCGCGCAAGAUUGCAAAGUCAAAGAAGCGUGCCGUCACCUUUGAGCCCAGCGAUGUCUUGACUCUCCUCCCUCUCGUCAAACAGGCUUCGACUCGCUCCACCUAUGCUGAUGAAGCUUUCGAGGCCGGCAAGACCAGUUUGGCCCAGGGCCACCGUCAGUUGGGUCUCGAGUUGUUGUUGGAGUCUUUGGCCCUCCACGAGCAGACCUAUGGCUUCUUGCACCCCGAAACUGCCCGCUGCUACCAGGCUUUGGCUAUGAUCUACUACCACGCCGACGACAAAGAGGUUGCCCUGGACUUCCAGCGCAAAGCCGUCAUUGUUUCUGAGAGAACCCAGGGUGUCGACUCUCCCGAGGCCAUUCACAACUACUUGAACUUGGGAUUGUUUGAGCACGCCUCUGGACGCACCUUGACUGCGCUCAAGUACCUCAAGCACGCUAUCCAGUAUUGGGAUUUGAUCUAUGGCAAGGGCCACCCCGACUCUUCCACUGCCGACAACAACGUCGCUGUCAUGUUGCAGUCGCUCAGGGACUUUGACAACUCGUGCGUGUUCUUUGAGCGCGCCAAGGCCACCCAGGAGCUUGCUCACGGCAAGGAGCACACCAACUUGGCCAACUGCCAUCACGUCCUUGCCAAGGCCUAUGCCCUCAAGGGAGACUUUGAGACCUCUGUCAAGGAGGAGCAGCUCGCCUACGACAUGUACCUUAAGCUUGUUGGCGCUGAGGACAUGAGGACCAAGGAGGCCGAGGUUUGGUUGUCGGAGCUCAAGAACACUGCCGAGUACACAGCCAACCAGGCUUUGUAUGAGAAAGCUGCGCUUGAGCAGCAGGCCCAGCAGUUGCAACAGCACCAAGUCAGCCACAAGGCCACGUCUCUCUCGGCUGCCGCUGCAGCUGCCACCAAGUCUGCUUUGGCUGAGGCUGCUAUCCGUGCAGCGAAUGCAGAUGCGCAGGUUGGAUCGAAGGGUCAUUUGUCAUUGAACGAGUUGAUGGACUAUAUUAACAGCCAGCCCCAGGGAUCGUCUGCUGGAGGAAAGAACAAGAAGUCCAAGGCUCAGGCCUCGAAGCGUGUUCAGAAGAAGUAG